GUAGUUGCUCUCACACACUCCCUCUUAGCUCCCCUGAUUCCCCCAUCCCACCACCACCCUCCAUUCCAUUCCCCUCUCAUCCUGCUGCCUUCACUUCUCCUGCUCCUGCUCUGCACAGGGAAUUGUAUCAGACAGAGAAAUGAAGGCAAUCGGAUACUCUAUCAUGGAGUUCAAAGCAGGCAUUUUUAUCGUGGCCAUGCUAGCCAUUGUGCUAUCCUCACCAGCAAUUGCUCAGAAGACCAAGAAUCCUCCUGCUCCAGCGGCCCCAAUCCUUCCACCUUCCCCCGCACCGGCACCUGAGCCGCACCAUGUGGACCUCGCUGAUCUCCUCAGUGUGGCCGGCCCAUUCCACACCUUCCUGGAUUACCUGCAAAAGACCAAUGUCAUUGAAACCUUCCAGAACCAGGCGAACAACACCAAGGAGGGCAUCACCAUCUUUGUCCCCGCGGACUCGGCUUUCGCCGCACUCAAGAAGACCACAUUUGCCAACCUCACUCAGGACCAGCUCAAGUCCCUGCUCUUGUACCACGCAUUCCCCAAGUACUACUCCUUGGCUGAGUUCAACGAGCUGAGCAGCCUCAACCCGGUGGCCACCUUCGCUGGCUCACAGUACACGCUCAACCUCACGGACAACAUGGGCAGCGUCCGAGUGAAGUCGAUGUGGUCCAACCCGGAGAUCAGCAGCAGCGUGUACUCGACUGCCCCGGUUGCGGUGUAUGAGGUCAAAAAGGUUCUCCUGCCAAUGCAAAUCUUCAAGAGCGAUCCCCCGCUCGCGCCAGCCCCUGCACCUGCCCCAGACGCCAAGGCCUCUGAUGUUGCUCCCAGCCCUACGUCAGGGAAAUCAACGAGCGCAAAGGCGAAGGCUGAAGCGAAGAACUCAUCGUACCAAGUCAGUGUCGGCAUUGUCAAUUACUUGGUGCUUGCUGUCUCAGGUGGCUUGAUGCUCUUGUGGUGAGAAUUUGGAGGUUCCUGACCAUGUUGAAGCAGAAGGUUCAGCUCCUCCCUGCUUAAUUUUAUAUGGAUUUUCUGGAUUCAUUCUUUGGACAUAUGGUAGGCAUCGUAAAAAUGGCCACGGUAAGUUGUUGAGUAUUUGCAUCAUACGCUUCUAUGAUUACUUGUCGUUGAUACUCGAUUUGAUGCAUGUAUGCAGAAAGUAUUUAAUACUUGUCAGUGAUACUUCCAAUACCUAGAGAUAAUGAGUGAUACCUGUCAUGUUUGUUACAUGAUGCUGGAAGGAAAGAUGAUGGUAUUCAAAAUUGAAUUGGUUAACAGAAUGCUACUAAUUGGCUAGUAAAAAACCGACUAAUUGUUCAUUGCAGUUAGCAAUUAGCAUACAAUUCUUUGAUAAAGAAGUUGCCCUGACUCCUUACCUGACAACUGGGGGAUUAGCAGA